UCCCGCCCUCCCACCGCCCCUUCUCCGUCCACAGCCACCCUCCGGAGCCAGGACCCUGUCACGAGGGGACGGGGGGGGGAAAAGAGCAGCGACCAGAUCCCUCGGAAGGGCAGAUGGCGCAAAUGUCAGCAUCACUCAAAUCGGAAGCGGUACCAGUGCCUUCUCAACCACCACCACCGCCCCCAUUACCCAUACAUUAUGGAAGAACAGAGCAGCAACCACACAUGCGACCCAAACCACGCCAUCACCGAACGCCUUCACCACCGCACGCCCUACCACACCACCCUGACCCGCACUUACCGCAGCCGCAUCAACAGCAGCGACCUCUCCCGCGAUGGGAACAAUCCUUGGCAAGUCUUGGGCAUGACCCCAGCUUCUCGCAACCGCAAGCGAGCGAAUUGCUGCACCGAGCGGUCAUCGAACCAACCUUGGAACUCGUCGUCUUUCCUGCAACGAGAUCAUUCCCACGCCCACAGCUCCCGCGGGGAAGCCCAGCCCCAGCGACUGCACCCCCCAGGCGCCUUCCAAACACAGCAGCCGCUGCCACCGCCACAUCCGUCGCACACAGCAGCGGCGUCCGGGGGGCCGGUUCGGCCCGUAUCCACCCCUGGCCACGCCGAGUGGCAACACGUCGACCCCUCCUGGUUGAAGCCCGACCCCGCCUCUUCCCCCCCUUCCACCGCCGCCUCCUCCCUCUUCCCUUCCCUCUCCCUCCUCCCACCGCCGUACCACCAGGCGAACCAUCCUCGUGCCGGUGCUGGGACGCCCGGAGAAAGGGGUGCUGGCGACAAGGCGGAUACCUACAGCUUUGGGGAGGAGAGCUUCCAGGAUUUCCAAUCGCCCGACGCUCCUUUCGAGGCCUUUUCCUUCCCUGGGAAUGCCAAAGGCGGAGGAGACGAUGAAACGAAGGGCCCGAAUGCCUCCACGGCCGAAUGGUCGUCUCGGAGCAAGAAAUUGACGGAGGCGACGACGCAGGCGCAGGAGCUCCGCCUGAGCAAUUUGGAGAAGGCAUUGGACCAGAAACUGUCUCAGGUCCCGGCCUGGGACGAACGGAUCACUAAGGAGAAGCUGGAGCAACUCGGUGGGGUGGUCAUGGUCGAUUCCUCCCCGGUCCUUUCCUCGGCUGUUCGGAAUGAUGCGAUCCAUAAAUACGCGCCGAAGGACUUCCACAUCAAGCAAAAACGCCCUUCGCAAUUUUGAACUACACGCGAUUUUUUGGGAACUCUACCUCGCCCAUCCCGCCCUCCUUCUUCCCUCUA